UUUUUUUAGGUGAGUAUGAAAAAGUAGAAUCUUAAAUCUGAGAAUACUCUGAAAAGAGCAAAACACUAAAUUUGUAAUGAAAUGGAGUCUGGAUCAAGUUCUUUCCGAGUGGAAUUUCCAGAUUUUUCUAGCACCAUUUUGCAGAAGUUAAAUCAGCAGCGCCAGCAAGGACAAUUAUGUGAUGUGUCCAUUGUAGUUCAGGGCCACCUCUUCAGAGCCCAUAAAGCUGUUCUUGCAGCUAGUUCACCUUACUUCUGUGAUCAGGUUCUCCUAAAAAAUAGUAGGCGAAUAGUCCUGCCAGAUGUGAUGAAUCCAAGAGUAUUUGAAAACAUUCUUCUGUCUACCUACACAGGUCGGCUGGUAAUGCCUGCUCCAGAGAUUGUUAGUUACUUGACAGCAGCAAGUUUCCUUCAGAUGUGGCAUGUAGUAGAUAAAUGCACUGAAGUGCUAGAGGGAAACCCAACAGUUCUUUGUCAGAAGAUGAAUCAUGGCAGUGACCAUCAGUCCCCAAGCAGUAGUAGUUACAAUGGCCUUGCUGAAACCUUUGAACUUGGAUCUGGAGGGCAGACAGAAUUCCACAAAGUGCAGGAACUGAGGGAUGGUGAAAAUGAAGAAGAGAGUUCUAAAGAUGAGCUAUCAUGUCAACUGACAGAACAUGAGUACCUCCCCAGUAAUUCUUCAACAGAGCACGAUAGACUUAGUACAGGAAUGACAAGUCAGGAUGGUGAAGAAGGAACUAGUGAUAGUGCUGAAUAUCAAUAUACCAGACCUAUAUAUAGCAAACCCAGCAUCAUGUCUCACAAGCGGUGGAUCCACGUGAAACCAGAAAGAUUUGAACAAGACUGUGAAGGUGUUGAUAAUCCCUAUGAUGAACAUCAAGUUUCUGAAUCCAUGAAUGCCAUUCAGGCAGAUCAUUCAAUCCAGUCUUCGGGUGUUGAAGACUUUCAUAUAGCUGAUAAAAAGAUGGAAGCAGAAUUUGAUGAACAGGCAGAUGAAAGUAAUUAUGAUGAGCAAGUUGACUUCUAUGGCUCUUCUAUGGAAGAAUUUUCUGGUGAAAGGGCAGAUGGAAAUUUAAGUGCUCACAGACAAGAUCUUAUGAUAGCAACAGGCUAUGGUGAAGGCAUUGAAAUGGCUGCAGGAAUUAAAGAGGAAACAUCCCUCACUGGAUUCUCGCAUGCUGAUAAGCUUUAUCCUUGUCAGUGUGGUAAGAGCUUUACACACAAAAGCCAGAGAGAUCGGCAUAUGAGUAUGCACCUUGGUCUUCGACCUUAUGGGUGUGGUGUCUGUGGUAAGAAAUUCAAAAUGAAACACCAUCUUGUUGGCCAUAUGAAAAUUCAUACAGGCAUAAAACCAUAUGAAUGUAACAUCUGUGGGAAAAGAUUUAUGUGGCGGGACAGUUUUCAUCGGCAUGUGACGUCUUGUACCAAGUCAUACCAAGCUUCUAAAGCUGAGCAGAGUACUACUGAGAUGAACUGAGACAUUAGAGCUUACAUUUGUUCAGUACAGUAAUAAAAAUAAACUAAUUAUUGAAAUAGUGUCUGGUACUUGCUAUUGUGAAAUUCAAAUUCUCAAAAAACAAGUUUCAGUGAUUAUGCUGGUGUGAGCAGACCAAAUGUUUUAUUUUCCACAAUACUGUUCCAGGUGGUGGGUGUGCAGUGGAAAUGGUUAAUCCGAAAGGUGCUUACAAAAUGUGUUCUGUAAGGUCUUUGUGACAUUAAUUGCUAUCACAACAGUAUUUAGAAGCCCUGUUGUUUUCUGAGUCUUAUAAAUUGACAGUAAAACCUAGCUCUAAAUUGACCCAAAUUGUGCAAGUAUUUACAUGAAGCGGGAAUUCAAGUAGCCCUACCGGGGGGGCAGGGGUUAUUAAAGAGAACUAGGACAACUACUGGGCUAUGUGGAUUGUCUGUUAAUAAAAUUUCUGUGAUUCAUGUUUUAAGGGGAAAAAAAGUAGAAUUUCACUUUAGACCAGAGACUGCCAACGUACUCAAUGUGCAUCAUUAAAUAGCCUGCAUUAUUAACUAUUCCUUAUUGCAGUGCUUUAUGAAAGACUGUGUUAAAGGUGGUUUGGCUUUUCUUUGUCUCUCUUCCACUUUUUUUUAAUCUAUCUCCAGUAAGACAAAUGGUUGCUUAAUUUUGUGCUGGUCUCUCUUCAGAGAGUCUGUAAAGCACUUAAAUAUAGUUGAGCACUAUGUGAAUUUUAAAUUAUAUUUAAUGCAAAUUUGUUUAUUCUUCCAGGGCCUAAUACUAUAUGAGUCUUGACUUGAUUUUGAUUAUUACACAAUGAGAGCUAUUGAAGUGUGUAUAAUAAGUAUAUCUUAUUUUUAAAAAAAAAGUAAUAUUUGGAACUUACCCAAAAUACCUAAAAUCUAAGAUCUAACUGUAUAUUCACUUUUUUUUUGUGACUUACUACAGUAGCAAGUACCAAACUCUGUAGUUUCAUAAAUUGACUUGAUGUUUAUUGGUACAAAAUCUUGUUUGAGAACUUUUAUCUAGUUUUAUCUAGUUUUAGAAACAUGCUUUAGGAAAAUGAUUUAGGCAUUGAUCAUUCUUAGUUCUUUACUCUUUGAAUAGUAAGAAGUAAGAACUAUGAUACAGAUUCUUGGUACUGAACUACUGUGACUGGUUACAUAUGAUCCUAAGUAGCCAGAUCUGUUUACCUCUUCAAGUGAAGUUGCUUGUGGGGGAAGAUGGGAAGAUGCAGAAAUACGAUGUUUGGAUCUAGUAAUCGUGCUGCAGAACAUGGUAACAUGCCCAUGUCCAAGGUCUGGAUUUUCACAGAGAAAGUGACACUUUUUCAUUAGGAUGAAGAUCUCAUUCUUGGAGCUAGAUGGAGGAAUGUUUGUAGUUUUGAGAGAUGCUGCCAGCUCUGCAAGUAGAGUGAGUGCAUCACUUACAAAGGUGGCAACAGGAUUUUGGGGUUGAAAGCAUAGUGCAUUCCUAUGCAAAAGCAAUAACCCUUCUCUGUACUUUACUGAAAUAUAAAGUCUUUAGAGUAUGCCUAGAAUAGAAAGAAGUGAUAUACAAGCACAUUGUCUGUGACGUGAGGAAAAAAGUUAAAAUGUUCAAAAGCUUCUAAACCUGUCUGGCCCCAGUUAAUGCAUUAAAUCUGGAAUGUGCAGGAUAACAAACAGAUGACUCUGUAUGAUGAAGCAAAAUCAUGUGAAGGUAAUGCCAAUUUGGAUUCUUUUUUAAACUCCUAGUUACAGCUUGUCUUGAGAUCCAACCAAACUGUAUGCUGAACAUCAGAGUUGUGCAAGCUGGGAUUUAUUACUUGGUGGGUUGUAAUUGCUGUCAUUUCUUUUCUGGCAUUCUACUUACAAACUUCAGUUUUUUAAGAGGCUCUAAAUCUUCUAACAAUUCAGAUAUUUUUUCACAAAGAAUGUUCUUAAAACAUACUCCCAAAUAUCAUGAAGCCAUUGCUGGCAAUGGGCAUGAAUGGUCAGCAUCAAGGAGUUCCUAUUCCUAGCACUUAAUUGAACUCUAAUAUACCAUGGUGGCCAUAUAUAUAACCCUUGUAAUCAAGGUAACUAAACAGGGAUUUGCUCAUUAACACUGUAACCUGCUUAACGUAUAGAAGCACUUUGUAUUUAAAAAGUAUAAAAUAUAUAUAUAUAAUUAUGUUUUUUAAACUUAUAAAUGACAUUCCCUUUAUGGUUUAUUUCCACACUGCUAACACCGUCUUUUUUAAUACUGAGAAAAUUAUGAUGCUUGCCUGUUUACGUAAGUAUAGAGGAAAGGGUUCUUGCAGUCAUUGGCCCGAUUUUCCAUUCUUCAAGGCCUUACUCUGCAACAAGGGCAUCAUUUCUGCAAGUACCAUCAUCACAUUUUUGAGGAAGUUAUAUUCAUACUCAUUUGAAGAAUGAUCUUGUAUAUUGCAUUGGUUCUCAAACCCUUUCAAAUUGUCACUUCAGUGUUGCAUAAAAAGAUGAAGGAUGUCACUUCCCAUUUAAUCAAUAAAAGACUGGUCAGAAGCACCAGGCUGAGAACCAUGGUCAAGCAAAAAAUUAUAACCAUUAAAUCCAGACCACCUUACAGAGCUGCCAGCAAAACUGUUUCUUUUUACCAGAUUGGAAUGACUUUUAUACGGGAUGUUUUGAAGUUGAAAAUUGCUCCUAUUUGCAGUUAGAUUACUUUAAAAUAAAGCUUUAAAAUGUACUGAGAGAGACACUUUAAAUGUUUUUAUAAGAGGUCCAGUAGAUCAUAUUGUAGAACCAUAUCCUCCUUUAGUGAUUCAGCAUGAAUAGUAUCUUUUAAAUAUUUGCCUGUUACUGUUUUACUCCGUAAUAUGACAUCAUCUGGAACUCCAGCAAAUGUUGCUGCACUGAUUAUUUUUUUUUGUUAACACUUGACUUUCUCAUGUUAAUUUACAUGAAACCAUCUGAUUGAAGGAAAAUAUUGAUAAGGUUAUUACAAGAGUUAAUUGAGAGGGUUGAGUGUUUAAGUGAAGCUUGAGGUACUUUUGUAAAAAUGUUACUUUUGUCUACCACGGGCAAGAAGUUGAGUUGGAAUGCUUUUACAGAGAUUAAUUUACUGUGCUUCACCAGACUUCUAAACACUGAUGGAGGUAUUGAGAAAACAAAAAGUUAAACACUUUCCCUUCCUUAGCUCACCUUAACUGACGCCUCUCUUCCUCUCUGGCUUCCUAAUCUAAUUUCUGCCUGUUUUCACUGGGAGUUCCUCUAAAUCACUUUGUUUCAAUUCUCUUGGUGAGGUGAAAGUUUGCAUGGGAGGUUGGGGUGAUACAUAUAUCCUUGUUUCUUAGUGGGCGGCCCCUUCUGUGCCAGGCUUGUCAGUGUCACUCCCCCUUGGUGUGGUUUAUCCAUGAACUGUAGUCGUUCCUGGGGUGUGCUUGUUCUUGGUUGGGUCACUCCUGGGGCUCAUUUAUUUCAGAGGUGUACCCGCUCUAGCACAGCUUAUCCAUUGGUUGAAGUCCUGUGGAACUUCUCCUCUAGCAGUUUUUCCUCUAACGCCAUACGACGUUCUGAGGGUGGGUCUUCACACGUCACCAGUAUCUCCUUUGCACAUCUUCCAUGAGCAUCUCCUCAGUUUCUCCUCAUAUGUUUCUAGCUUUGUUUCCUCCACAGUAUCUUCUUUUUUAAUUCCUUGUACCCCUUGCUAGCAUUUAUUGCUUAUUCUUAAAUGCAUUUCAGCAGAGGUGCUGUGCUGGUUCAAGAUUUGGCAUGUAAUGGACUGUUUAUAUCAGUUUCAGUGCUAGCUAGAAACUGUUUUGACAGGCACAGGGCAAUUUGUGACUGUUGCCGCGUGUGCCACCUUUGCAGCCCACUGAAACCCAGCAGUUUAUGCCCAGGACAGCUGUACACAGUAAAGAGAGAAAUGCAAAUGCAGCUUUCUGAGCUGUUAGUCACUGCUAGGGCAGUGAAUUUGUUCAAGAGAUUUUUUUUUUUUUUUCCUGUCUGUGAGCAGCAGGGAAGUGACCAAUAUGUAUCCAAAUGCAUAUGUGGUAAAUUUCAUUCAUCUCCCCAUAAGCUUCAUUACUUUAAUGAUAUGGUCUUGAAACUGCUGUCAACAGCAGAAAUGAGCAAUAUAAAAAUACACAGAAGUAAGGUGAAUAUCUUCUGAAAACCAGAAUUAUUGUACACAUAGGAGGCUAUCAAAAUUUUCUAUUAUUGUGAAGCCAUUCAUUGUCCUGUCAGUGGAAGAACAUCAUCUGCUAUGACAGCUAUGUUCAUUUGCAUUUCAUUCCAAUACUAAGCUGUUAAUUACCACGUAAUCGAUGUAACUGACAUUCCAAAAAAAUAUACAAAAACUCUCAGCAGAGUUAGGAUGUCCUUUAGGUGUAUAUCUGACCCUUUUGAGGGAGAAGGUUGAUAUUUCACACACCACUGUUGUAGAUUUGUUACUGUUUUUUAAGCUCACCUUCAAAGUUGCAUGCAGCAAGUAUCUUCAUUUAAUGGAUGAGCAGGUAGACUCUAGAAGGUACUGUCCAUUACAUUUUUUUAUUUUACCUUUUAUUCAUCUGAGAUGUUUGUUUAAGAAACUUUGUCCUGUAUAAAAAGCAAGGGAGAGUGAUCAAAGGCUAAUAACACUGAAAUCCCUGUGCUGUUGAGUCUGAAAGAAUGGAGUCGCUCCUUGUAAUUUCAGCCCUUUUGUGCUGAAAGGUGAGGUGACCUUUCUCUGAAUUCUGAGAGCCCAUAGCAGUAUACUGAGUAUUUUGCUUUAAUAGAAUUAGAACAUUUCUCAAAAUAUAUGAAAGUUGCUUUUAUUUUUUAUCAUUUAAAUGCUUAAUUGGAUAGCUAGAGCUCUUCAGCUAUGAGCUGUAAGCUGACAAUGCCCUAGGGGAAAAUGCUGGAAAACAAAAUGGUAUAUUUUUAAUGUGAUUAAAUUGUAAGUUCUAAUUUUGCUUGAAGCCUGUGUCUGUCGAUUGCUGCUCUUUUUUUGUUCUCGUUUUGUUUUGUUCUUCAUGGGAUUCCAUAUUUCUUCCAGAAAUAUAAGCGCUUAUGCAAGUCAAGUGAAUCUUCCUUAAUGAGCUAUAUGUUUUUAUUCUAAGAAGUCAUUUAUAAUAGUAAAACUGCAUAUCUUGAUAUUUUGUGAGACGUUACGCUUGUAUUGCAGAGGUUGGAUAGAUUUGUCUAUAAAUAUUGCUGUCUUAAUUGUACAGCAUGGUUUUAAUUUAAUGUUACUGUUCAAUAUUUUCUUCUUAUAGAAGAGUCUCAUGCCCCCUUUUUGUAUAACAUGUUUUAAUAAAUGUUAUCUGUCAACUUUG